GAGAAGUUGGAGGAGUUGAAGUGUGCUGCGAAGGAGACCAACCCGAAGAGGGCCAGUUCGUUGUGGCCGACAGGCACGGCGGUGACGCUCUUCCACCCGGAAGCCUUCAAGACGGCCUCGUCGAAGUUCGAGAAGGAGAAUCUCAUGGAGCACGCCCGCGUCUCUGACCCGGGAACUUGCCCCAUGCUGGACCAG